AUGCCCCUGCCAUAUCCAGAAAAACUAGACAAAGUGUUGUGGAUUCCAUCUCCCAGUGGAGGAUUCUCACUAGCACAAACCCUAAAGCACAUGAAUCAACACUUACCAAGUCCACCAUGGACUCACCUUGUCUGGUUCAAGAAUUCAAUUCCCAAACAUUCAUUUACUCUAUGGGUUGCUAUCCAACAGAAACUUCCUACUUUAAAUAGAAGAUGUACAUCCCAUAUUAAUGCUACCAUCUGUACACUCUGCAAUUCUCACCUAGAGUCCCAUGAUCACCUAUUCUUCCAAUGCAUCUUCACAAAGCCCUUGUGGUCAUUUCUUCAAACAAGAUGUGGUUUCCAUAUAUUUCCUAACUCAUGGCAGAGCCUCAUCAACUGGGCAUCUCAUCAUUGGAGAAAUUGCAAAGGGUUCUACAGCAAUUCAGUGGCAAAGCUAGCUCUGAGCUCACUUGUUUAUAGUAUCUGGAUGGAGCGUAACAGACGCAUCUUCAGGAAGAGAUCCCUAUCUCAAAAUGCUCUGUUGCACCAAAUUCUGGAUACAGUUAGAUUGGAACUCAUGUCAGCAUCACUCACAGAUUCGCCGAGUUCCAGGCGUAUCAUUGAAGAGUGGGAGCUACCAGCCUCCGUUAUCCGUCCUCCGACAAAGCCUCCAGACACUAUUUAG